AUGAGUCGUAGUCGUAUACAACGAAAUCGAACACAGGCAACAAGGUUUACACCAACACAAAUAAGAAACCCACUGCCGGAAAAUUAUCUAUUAAGAUUUGAAGACAAUGAUGAAUUAAUUGUUGCAAAACGUACAAGCGUUAAAUCAAUAAAAGACGAUACAGCAGUUCUUAGAACGGGUCGAAAUCGUCGUACAGCAAUCAUCGAAGCUAAAGGAAGCUAUAGUCAAUGCAAUGCUAUGUACGAACAAAUGAUAAAACAAGACGAAGAAGAUGAACAGCAAGGAGAUGAACAGAAAAUUCUGAAAAAUGAAUAUGGUGAUUCGAAUGAUGAAAAUUUAUCAAACGAAGAAAUGACGGUAUAUAAUUCGUCUUUUUUCUUAGGGCAAAAACUAUGUUUUACGCUUGGUUUUGUUUUUCUAGGAUCAAAAUCUCCAACACAAAAGAGAAAACGAGCUUUAGUAACGAUCAAUAAUGGCGACGGUGACUCUGGCGAAGACAAUGCAGCACCAAUACAAGCAAUAACUCCCUUGAGAAACACAAGUAAGCAGCUCUAUCAUGUAGCAUGCUCAACUUACCUUGAAUAUUUUCUAUUGGCAGAGGGACGUUGUCCUGAUGAUGAAACUGACAAAGG